AUGAAGACUGGCAACCCAGUGCCUGGAGCACCAACCUACACUCACCGCACAUUCUGCACACCCACCAUGCUCAGCUCAAUCCACAUCCCGCCGCCCAGCGCGCCAACCACCACCAGCUCCACCAUCACUACCACCGAGUCUGAUACUGACUCCGCCGACUUCUCAUGUCCACACUGUCCCCGUACAUCCGCCUCGCGCAUCGGCCUGAUUGAUCACUUGCGAAUCCACCGUACAGAGAAUGGCAACCCAGUGCCUGGAGCACCAACCUACAUUCGCCGCAUGCGUCUCCACUCUUCACACUGCCCUCGCACAUUCGUGCACCGCAUGGGCCUAUUAGAUCACAUGCGCUUCCACGAUAACCUGCGGUAG